AUGACCGACCUCGAAGCGGCUGUCCUAAAUGGCUCAUUGUUCAACCCGGAUCGAACGACAUCGCCCGCAAGAUCUAUCUCCCCGUCACUCACUGAUACGGACGAUGAACUAGGAUCUGAUCUGUCCGAUACUAGGGAUCAUUCCCGUUCUCACUUCGAGAGCUCCAGCUUGGCAGUCUCUGACUCUCAUGAUCCUCAGACCGGACCAAAAGGUGUCAUAUCAGAUCGACACGCUCAUGACCGGAACGCAAAGUACGAGAAGAACAGAGCGAUUCAAAAUGUCAGAGAUUUACAGGAGAAGAUCAAGAUGGUCGCUUUGACGGCCGAUGAAGAGGAUGUUUCGAGGCAGGACGAGGAGGCCAGAUUGAUCCAAGCUGAGAAGAGGGAAGGAAUGGAAAAGGAGGAUGAAGAGUAUGACGAGAAAUUCAAGGAGCAAUGGAAGGCGCUAAGGAGGGAUCAGCUGAAGAUGGAUAGGAACGGCAGUGGGGUCGCGAAAAGAGGGUUGAGGGAGAUUGGACAAGAGGGAUUCAUACAUGCUGUCGAGCGACCGGGCUGGGUCAUAAUACUGAUUUACGAGCCGGGUAUACCACGCUGUAGCGCUCUCCUCGCAUCGAUGCUUCAACUUUCUCUCGCUGAACCACCUUUGCCUGUAACGCUCUUCCGAGCUCGCGCCACAUCCCUCUCAUUCGCGCUCUUACCGCCGUCAUCUGGCGGUGAGAAUGGAUCAGAAGAUCGUCGAGCCGAUUUUGAAGUUCUGCCGUCCUUACUGGCGUACAAAGAUGGAGAGCUAGAAAAGACUUGGAUAAGAGUAGACUGGGAUCUUAAAGAGGAUGGCGUGGCGGGUUUGCUACGACGCGAGGGAAUUCUGCCGCGUCUCGACUCUAGGAGGCAUUCGCAUAUGCUGAGUGAUGAGGAUGAUGAGGAGGAGGACGACGAUUGA